AUGAAAGAAAAUUUGGAAAAUAACUAUAUGCAAAUUAUAUAUGAAAAUGGUAUAUAUAAACUAAAAUUUAUAUCUAAUAAUAGUCAUAAAAAUUGUUACUCUAAUGAUAAUCACAAAAAUUGUUACUCUAAUGAUAAUCACAAAAAUUGUUACUCUAAUGAUAACCAUAAAAAUUUUUAUUUUAAUGAUAAAAAGAAUAUCUAUUCUAAAGUACAUUUGAAUUAUCAAAAAUGUCAAAAUAAAAAAAACAAUUUCUUUAUGACAAAACAAGUUUCAUUAGAGAAUACAUAUUUUAAAACUAAGAAUAAUAUUGAUAUAUGUAAAAAAUAUUUUACAGAAAAAAAAAACAACUUUUUUUACAAAAAAAAAUGUACUAAUACAGACCAUAAUGGUAAUGAUAACAUAAAUUACAAGAAUGAUCAACUUAUUAAUUUAAAAAAAAAUAGACAUAAUUAUUAUACAAAUAAUAAUACGAGUAUAUCACUACGUAGUUUUAUUCAAAAGGCAGAAAAUAAAUAUGUUACAAAUAAAAAUGCUACAAAUAAAUAUGCUACAAAUAAAUAUGCUACAAAUAAAAAUGCUACAAAUAAAUAUACCCGUCAAAACAACGAAACAACUAAUUUGUAUAAUUGCAAGAUAUAUAAAAAAAACAACAAAUAUGUGUAUUAUAAUAAUUUGAAUUAUUCAAAUAAAUUUUCAAAUUAUUUUGAUAUACAUUUAAAUUUAAAAAAUAGAUCAACUAAUAAAUUCUAUAGACGACCGAAAUGUCAAGAAAUAAAAAAUUACAAUCAUGUUUGCAAAAUAAAUAAUUACAAUCAUGUUUGCAAAGUAAACAAUUUUGAAAAAAAUUAUAAUAAUACAAAAACCCUCUUUAAUGCUAACACUAAUUUAAACAUAAUAAAUAAAACAAAUAUAGUUAUCAAAAAUGAACAUAAUAAACCUCUUCAAAAAAAAAAAAAAAAAAAAAAUGAAUUUUGUUCUCCAUUUUGUUCUCAAUUUUGUUCUCCAUUUAGUUCUCCAUUUUGUUCUCCAGUUUGUUGUAGGGACUAUAAUUUAAGUUAUAAUAAUUUAUUUAAUGUUGAAAAGGAUGGAAAUUGUAAAAAUCGUAAAAAUAAUUUAUUUGAUAAAUGCAUGAAAUAUAACAAGGUUAAAGAACAAGUAUGUUAUAUUGAUUUUCUACUUAAUGGAGAAAAAGAAGCCAAAAAAAUUAUUGAAAAAGCUUAUAAACAUAAAGAUAAUAUUAAAAAAUAUAUGUAUAAAAAUAUAGACGAAGAAAUUGAAAAAUUAAAAAAAAAAGAAAUUUUAGUAUAUAAUGAAAAUUUAAAAAAAAUGGAAAAAGAAAUAAAAAUUUAUCAAAAUAAAAUAGAACAAAAUUUACAAAAUUAUAUUUUAAAAAUAAAUAAUAUAUAUAAAAAUAUUGAUAAUAUAUCAAAAUAUUUAAUAGACAAAAUUAUUAAUGUUGAUUUAACAUUUAAUUCAAAUUUAUUAAAACAUUAUUUACCUGUUAAAAAUAUUGAACAAUAUAUAUUUACUAAUUCAGGAAAAAUUUAG